GUCGACCAUGGUCGUUGCCAUCUAUAGAAUCAACAAUGUCGUCAAUAUCAUCAAAUAUGAUUAUUCCACGGACCCUACAAGAACUCUCGACCUUGUCCACCAGAUGGGAUUAUCACUGCACUUCUGUGACCCCGGAGUUAAGAUUUUGAUAAUGUGGCUUCAGCAAAGCCCAUGGGUUAUCCUUGAGGUAUUUAUAUAGAGUACAUGAUCAGAUGACUAUUUAUUAUCUUUAUUAAUCUCAACAUCAACAAACAGCAUAAUGGGUAUGUG